AUGUAUCUCGAAGAAGUGGCCCGGAACAGUUGUGUAGAUGAACAAGUAUUGGAUUUCUUCAAGGAACAAAGAGAAAUGGAUGAUGCGAAGCAAAUGCUAUCAGGAUGCGAGGGAUACGACAACGAAGGAAAAUAA